CCCAGAUGCAACCACUUAACGCGACGUGCUUUCUAACUUCCGGGUUUCCCGGCACAGUUAGAGGCCGUCGCUUUCAGCUCUCGACGCCGAACCGCCCAGGCCCACCAGGCAACAAGAAUGAGCGUCCCCGACGUCCUGCUGUUCGGUCGAGGAUGGUUCCAUCGCCUGCCUGGGCAGACAUGAAUAGUUAUGACAUUCAUUGCCCUCAUCUCUGCAGUUACCACCGCCUAGAGCUUACCGCAAUCACUGCUCCCAUCCACCAUGGGCAGCCGCCUCGAGGAAAACUCGGCCGCGGUGCGGAAGCGGAUCGAGAAGCAUAAAUUCACCGACGAGACUGGCGAGGAGUAUGAAGCAAGCGCUUUUGGCGGGUUUGGCGACUACUUCCGGCGAAAGAAGAUCAAACUCCAGAACCUUGAUGCACAGAUUCGCGCAAACGCCCCUCCCGACACCCCACAGAUCUUCAAGGGCGUCGUCGCCCAUGUCAUGGGCUACACGCAGCCGUCUUUGCAGGUCCUACACAAGGAGCUGGUCCAGCAUGGCGCCGGAUUUCUGCAGUAUCUAGACUACAAGACCAUGGCCACCCACAUCAUCGCCUCGGUCCUUCCGCCCAAAAAGGUCGUCGAUUACAACCGGUACCGCAUGGUAAAGCCUCAGUGGGUUGUUGACUCGAUCAGUGCUGGCAAGUUGCUUCCAUGGCAAGACUACCGCGUCUUUGACGAGGGGCCCGGCCAGAAGACGCUGAGGUUCGACGGCGGGAAGGUGCUUGCAGAAGCAUCCCAGAAGUCACAGCUCCGCUAUCGCGAGCAUACCCAAGACGGCUUCUACGCGAAGCAGAUGCAGAAGCAGGCCGCGGAUUAUAUGGCUUCUACUUCCAGUCUUGCAUCUGCCUCUGUCACGCCACGUUCGGGGUCUUCGGUGCUGCUAGGAACGACGACACGCAAUGACGGGCCGGAGAACACGAACCGCCACCACGGCAUUGGAGGUGUCAGAGACAUAUCUUCGCCCAGUCCUGCGCCACCGUUGAUAUCGCGCAAGUCAAGACAGCUCGCUCAUUCCAAGGAUGCGGUCGAGGACGAUGAUACUGGCCUCGUGAACUGGACUGAGAAUGCCGACGCGGUCUCGAACCCAUAUACCGGACGGCCCGAAAAUCGAGCCGAUAUUCUGCAGCGUGAGGUGGCACAUGACGACAGCGAUAACCGAGCAGCUCGGAGAGCGAUAACGUCGGAGGAGCACAACGCCAUGCUCCUAAAAGACCCCAAGAUCUGGAAGUCGUCAACGGCAAACCCUGAUUUCUUGAAGCAGUUCUACUCGGAGUCGCGUCUUCACCACCUGUCGGCCUGGAAGGCUGAACUCAAAUCCAAGAUGCAAAAAAUGGCAGCAGACAGGGGAGGUUCCGCAAAAGCGAACAAGCGCAAGCCCGGGUCCCGCCGCUACAUCAUGCAUGUCGAUUUUGACAGCUUUUUCUGCGCAGUGUCCCUCAAGAGCGCGCCAGAGUACAAGACAAAGCCGGCUGUUGUGGCUCAUAGUACCGGGACGGGUUCCGAAAUCGCAUCUUGUAAUUACCCGGCCCGGGAAUUCGGUGUCAAAAACGGCAUGUGGAUGAAGCGUGCUCUGGAACUGUGUCCUACCAUCAAGGUCCUGCCAUACGACUUUCCCGCCUAUGAGGAAGCGAGCCAGCUGUUCUACGAGGCUAUCUUGAGUGUUGGUGGUGUCGUCCAGAGCGUCAGCGUCGACGAGGCUCUCGUCGACGUCACAAGCAUUGUUCUGAACGAGCCAAGUUCCGGUGGGGUCGACCUCGACGAUGGCAGUGUCCGGAGAGAGCAGGAGAAGGCAGACGAGAUAGCCUUGGGCCUGCGGAACGAGAUCAAGCAGAGGACAGACUGUGACGUCUCUGUUGGCAUCGGGCCGAACAUUCUUAUGGCCAAGGUUGCGCUGAGAAAAGCCAAGCCGGCUGGACAGUACCAGGUGAAGGGGGAGGAAAUCCUCGCCCUGAUUGGCGAGCUGAAUGUCGAAAGCCUCCCUGGCGUGUCCCACAGCAUAAAGGGAAAGCUGGAAGAGGCUGGCGUCAGGCUUGUCAAGGACGUGCGAGAACUAUCGAGGAGCAAGCUCGCCGCGAUCCUCGGGCCAAAGACGGGCGAGAGGCUCUGGGAAUACGCGCGCGGGGUCGACAAGGUCGAGGUCGGUGACCAACCUCUCCGGAAAUCGGUUUCGGCCGAAGUCAACUGGGGCAUCCGGUUUGUCAACCAGCAGGAGGCGGAAGACUUCGUGAUGAAUAUGUGUAAAGAGCUGGAACGGCGGCUGGUUAACGAGGGAGUCAAGGGCAAGAGCUUCACGAUGAAGAUCAUGCGCCGGGCGGCGGAUUCUCCGCUUGACCCUCCAAAGCAUCUCGGGCACGGGAAAUGCGACACAUUCAACAAGUCUGUCGGGUUUGGGAUCGCAACUUACAGUGCCGAGUUUAUUGGGAAAGAGGCCGUCUCUAUCUUGAGAGGAUUCAACUUUACUCCUGGCGAUCUACGGGGCAUCGGGGUGCACCUGACCAGACUGGAGCCGAUAAAGGGGGCUUCGACUGGAGGGCGAGAGAGCAGCCAGAAGACGCUCACGUUCGGCGCCUUCACAAAGCCGCCUGCGGCCAAGAAGCCCCAGACAGACGCCAUCGAGGACGAUGCCAGAGGCGCCGUUUCCGCAAGGACUAGCUCGCCUGGCGCGCGGCGAUCCUCGCUCAGCCGAGAGAUGUCCGAGGACCCCAUCUCGGUCGACCCAGUCACGCCGCGUAAAUCGCGUGCUAGCUCCAUCCAUCCCGCUCUCGCUCUUACCAAGGCCAGGGAGGCGGACUCGCAGGCAAGAACGCCCCUGAAUGUGAACGGGACACAGUUCAUCAUGCCGCCUCAUCCCGAUCCCGAGGUUACCGCGGCACUGCCCAGAGAUGUCCGCAGCAGGCUGUUGGCACAAAAGCCUGCCGCCUUAAGAUCACGAGCGGCAAGCCCUACCGCUCGUACGGAAAUUCCAAUCCCAGAUAUUGACCCCGAGGUCUUCGAUCAGCUGCCGGACCAUGUAAAGGCCAAGGUGCUCGAGGCCUCCAAGAGACGGGGUGGCCAAACCCUACUGUCACAGUCGCCACGAAAGGAUCGCAUUAUCAACUUGCCGCCGCAGCGCACGACGCCGACCAAGAGAGACCGCGGGGUCCGAGAAAUGCUCAGUCGAGCGCGCGAGCGACAAAACGAUGCCGAGGCCGGCCUGCUCCAAACGAACCUCGUGAAAGCGGCGCCUCGGCGCGACAACGACGGUGCAGUUGCUGCGGAUGACGACUUGGAGGGCAUGGAUGUGGGAUUCCUUGCAGCUCUCCCAAAGGAUGUGCGAAACGAAGUAAUCGCCGACCAUAGACGACAAGGGGCGGCGCAGGCAGGAGACGUCGCCAUUGAGGUGCCUCAGAGAGACGAGGCAACGACAGGGUCGAGGGACGAAGGGGAGAUGGAUAUUGAUCAGGAGCUGGGAGGGGCCGAAGGAACAGGAGAAAGAGGUCAGGAGCACCAAGAGUCGAGAUGGGAUUAUAUGAUGGAGGAGGAGGAGGAGGAGGAGGAAGUGACGCUAGAGUUCCCAGGCCGUCGGCCGCGGGUAGGCUUCUCGCAGGAGUCGCUCACAAGCCUGCCCGAGAUCAAGACCAUGCUGCACCUCUGGCACCAGGACACGCUGGACACGGGGCCGCACCAGCGCGACACGGGCAUGCUCGGGGACUACCUCACCAGGGUGGUGCUGGAGGAGAGGGACAUGGAGAAGGCGCAGCUGCUGGUGGCCUGGAUGGACUGGCUGGUGGAGGAUGACGAGGGCGCGGGCGAGGGCAAGAGGCGGUGGCGGCGCAUGGUGGACAGCGCCCGCAGGAGCGUCCAGGAGGCCAUGCAGAGGAGAGGGCUCGGCCCGCUGAGGCUGUGAUGGCCGGGCGGGCGCGGGAUAGUGUCGGUACCCCAACACAAUUCACGACGGACGUGCGGGCUUUUUACGAACCAGUCAAAAUUCAACACAUCACGCAAAGGCAUUACAACUAUGUAUUUCGCUUGCUAGAGAGAUCUAAUCGAGUGUUGUCUAUGUAGUGGUGCCCUCGCAGAGAGAGGGCUAGAGGAGAAUACGCACUGUCGUAGCGACGCCAACAGCUAUGGCGACAACGACAGACACGCCAGCAGCUGACCUUGGAGCUCCGUUGACAUAGACCUAGCGAAGGGUAUUGUCAGGUGGGCCCAUCUUGAUUCAAGGAGUG